AUGAACAUCACCCUCGACGACCUCUCCCCGGUUAUCUCGUACGUCUCAGCGAGCAACGGCUGGAAGAGUCAACAAACCGAUUCAGGAUUAUCGUCAUAUUUUCAAAGCACAUUUCAUUCCACUACCACGGAUGGAGACUCAGCUUCGGUGACUUUUAACGGUACCGCAUGUUAUUUCUAUGCUAAAGUGGACGAUCAACCGGUUCAAUUGUUCUUGGGUUAUAGUGCCGAUAGAAUCUUUCAAACUCCUAUUUUCGUAGCUACUGGUUUGGCCGCUGAUAAGGAACAUACUGUGAUAUUGACCAAUUUACCAAGUCAAACUAGUCCUCCGGCCAAUGCGACUGUACAAUGGUUUUUAGAUAUCGAUUAUGUUAUCAUCACCACCGCUACAACCGACAAAGUCUUCACUAACAUAUUCGACGAUUCUCACCCUUCGUUCUCUUACGACAACACAUGGGUAGCUCAAACCAAUGUUGUCAAACCACCAUAUUACGAUCUCACAUCUCAUCUCAGUCCUGCUAGUCAAGCAAUUGCACAUUUCCAAUUCAACGGUUCUUCCGUCGGUCUUUACGGUGGGGUCAAUUUUAACCAUGGGAAUUACUCAGUAAGUUUGGAUGGUGGUCCUACUCAAUUAUACAAUGGAUCACAUUUCGAAUUAGUGGAUACUUUACUCUACCUUGCCACCUCCCUCUCUGAAGGGCCUCAUUCAUUAACAAUAACCAACGUAAUAUCAGGUUCUAACAACGCUUUGGAUAUAGAUUACGCUCUUGUCAAUUCCACAAUAGAUCCAACCAACCCAAACCCCAAUUUAAAUUCCACUAUCACCUCUGACACUUCUCUCAAUGGUGACGAUCAUCAUAAUCAUGCGGGUGCCAUAGCGGGAGGUAUAAUCGGUGGUUUAUCCUUAUUAGGAUUAAUUGGGAUAUUGAUAUGGUACAUAUUUCGACGAAAAAGGAUUGUGAAUAAAAUAGAUCUUACUACUUCUUCAAUUGAAUAUAAUGGAGAAGAAGUUAAACCUUUUCCAGUCCCAGUACGACAAAAUAUAUCUUAUUCAUCAAACCAUUCUACCAAUAUGUCCACCACUCAACUUUCAGGUAUCUCGAACAAUAUGUCCACCACUCAAAUCCCAGGUAUGUCAAACGAAAUGAUUACGGGAGUACCGAACGGUAUGAAUACAUCACAAGUACGUUCGAAUAAAUCAAAUAUGACAAGUUAUCUCAAUUCCAAUUCAAGUACGAAUAACGAUGAUGAAUCAAUCAUUGGGGGAAAUACAAGACAAACCAAUGAAAGACAAGUAGAAUUACAUUUAAAUAUUCCACCACCUCCAUUAUCAACAACGACAUCUUAUCUUCAUUCAAAUUCCAAUCCAAAUUCAAAUAGACAAUCUAUACAACAUCUUACUUCAUCUCGUCAAUCUUAUUUCCAAACUUCAACUUCAACAUCUUCCAUGACAGAUCCAGAUUCACCAAUACAAGCUCAAGUCAAAGGUGCAUUAACGGCCACUGUUCAGACUACACGUCCUGUUUAUCGGGAAGGUCUCAAUGUGGUAGAACAUGAGAGGAGGGAGAUGGAAGGAAUGGACUUACCACCUGAUUAUGCUCAAGUUGCCAGGAGAUCGUGA